GAUGUACUUCCUGUGGCAGGUGACUCAGGGUCGUAAACGUCUCAUCAUGUCUCUACGGGAACAGAUCGUCAACGAGGGGAAGGACAAGGCCUUUCUCCUCAGGAGGUUACAGUGUCUACAGAGACAGGGAGCAGGCAGAUCUAGACCACAGGUGCACUUCGAGGAGGAGAGACCGACCAGGCCAGAGUCAGGGCAGCUUAGAGAAGAAGCACGCCCUCCUCCCUCCUUCCAACACCCAUCCCCCCCCAUGGAGGCCCCCUCCGUGUUCACUCGGCCUCCCUGGGACAGCUCCCCCAGGCUAGGUAGAGCCCAGCCCCCCAGCCCCCGUGGUGGAGCCAGCCCCAGAGGCAGCCCUGGUCGCGGCCGGACCCCAGCCAGCAGGCAGGCGUGCUGGGUAGAGGAGCGACCAGCUCCUCCCCCUCCAGAUCCACUGUGGCCAGUCAGGGGUAGAGGAUGGCUUCAGGGAAGGCCCCGCGGGGGGCCCAGAUUGGAGCCGCUGCCUGCCCGCGAGGUACCCAUCCUGCCUGGGUCGGUGCCUGAGAGCGCCCCCCCUCCCCCACGGAGACCUGGGUCCAGCAGAGCAGAGGUGAACCAGGGACAACAUCAGUCCUAGCGAGACUCAGAGAGAGGAUAGGAGCCCACAUCAACUGUCGGGCUCAGACAUGGUCUGCUUCCAAAAUGCCACCCUAUUCCAUAGGACUCAGGUCAAAUGUAGUGCACUAUGUAGGGAAUAGGGUGCCAUAGAGCUCUGGUCUAAAGUAGUGCACUAUG